AUGACCGUCUCUCAAUCGCGAAAGUCCCAACAAAGCUCGAAAGAAGGGCGAGAUCGCUACUCCUGCGAUGCAUGCGACGCCGACAUCACCAACUUUAUUCGCAUCAAGUGUGCGACCCCUGUUUGCAAGGAGAUAGAUCUUUGCCCAAAGUGCUUCUGCGAGGGAAGGGAGGUGGGGUCACACAAAGCGUGGCACGAUUAUAUGGUCAUUGAUCAGCCAACGUAUCCAAUAUAUGAUGAGGCUUGGGGCGCUGAUGAGGAACUUAUGCUCCUCGAUGGCAUCCUCUCUUCUGGUCUGGGAGACUGGCAGGGGGUCUCAGAUAAGCUCUUCGGCCUCCGUUCCAAAGCUGAUAUCGAAUAUCACUACCGCUCCGUCUACCUUUCCUCCCCCACUUGGCCACGUGUCGAAAAGCGCCCUUUCCCGGACUAUGACCGAGAAGAGUUUCUUGCUUGCAAGCGGAGACGCAUAAAACAGAUGUCAGAUGCUCUUCCCCCGCCACCGCCGCCAAAGGCACCUACCUCAGGCCCAGCAAAUCACGAAAUCACGGGCUACAUGCCUGGGAGGCUUGAGUUCGAGCACGAGCUGGUACACGAGGCCGAGGAGGCCAUUGCCGACAUGCACUUUGGAGUCGUCUUGCAACACGGCGGUGACGAGCAGCCCGAGCCCGAACCAGAACCAGAGCCCGAGCCCGAGCCCGAGCCCGAACCAGAGACGGACGGAGAUGGGGAUGGGGAGGACGAAGACGGGCCAGGUGAAGAAACUGAGCCGCCGGAGCCGCCCAUUGGCAUAGAGGAACCAGAGGAGCUGGAAGUCAAGCUCAGUCUGAUUAAGGGAUACUAUGAUAAACUGGAUAAGAGGAUCAGGGCAAAGCAGGUUGUCUUCCAGCGUGGGUUGCUAGAAUAUAAGAAGCUCCAAAUGGCGGAGAGGAAACGACCCAAAGAGGAAAGAGAGAUGUUUCAGCGGCAAAAGCCAUUCGCGCGCGUCCAAACGGCGGAAGACUUCGAAGUGUUUGUGGAUGGUUUGAUGUACGAGACAGCACUCAAGAAACGAAUAACGGAACUACAGCAGAUGCGCCGGGACGGAGUCUUAAGCACGGCCGAGGUCGAGCGUUACGAGAAGGACAAAGCACAGCACGCCAACCACCGUGCAUAUGUAGAUCGAGCGUACCCACAGUCAAAAUCUGUACGUGGCUCAGUCGCGCCGGGAGAACGCGACAGCGUGCCGCCCUUUGGGCGCGGCUCUCCAACCACGUUAUCUGUGAUUCCUGGCGCCCGUGUGCGCAAACCCCCCCCUCCCCUCAAUCUUGCCAACGCACACUCUAUUCAUCUCCUCACGCCUGCUGAGCAGGUUUUCUGCAGCACGAUGCGCAUUCUUCCUAAGCCGUUCCUGGGCAUGAAAGAAGCUCUCGUGCGUGAAUUUGCCCGCCGAAACGGUAGAAUGACACGGCGCGAGGCACGAGAGGUGCUGAAGAUCGAUGUGAACAAAGUUGGAAGAAUAUGGGACUUCCUCAAAGAUUGUGGGCUGCUCCAUCUGUCCCAUGAGGAAGCACCACCACCCUCGUCAUCGGCAACGGGGCCAGUCAAAAGCGCCACAAAGUCUCCUUCAAAGCCGGUGUCUACAGUGGGAAAAGUCGCCGCCUCUCUCACUCCACCGCCUGCUUCGGUCGGUCUCCCGCGCCCCUCGUCAGCAAUGGGCAACAAGCCUUUUGCUCCUUCCCCGCUGAAGAAUGCAUCGCACCCGAAUCCGCCAACGCCGGCGUUGAACGGCUCAUCCCCCAAAGGCAUGAGCACUGGGGUAAGCCGACCUCCUCCCCUGAUAGGGAAGAAGCCGCCCAACUCGGGUCCAGCCCUGUCUCGCACGCCCUCUUUUCAAUCAACCAAAAACAGUGGUGGAGUGCAGUAG